CUCACAGCACUCCCCAUAGCCUGUGGAGCCCAAGUUCCUCAUCUAGGCCUGGUCACAGCUCUGGCACCCAUAGCUUCCUUUUGGGAUAUCAUUGGCCCCACCCCAUAGCUGGGCAUUUCCCUCCCUGACACAAGGAACUGGACCCACUCUGCCAAUGGGAAGCAAACAUGAUGCCCCUACUGCUGCUGCCACUGCUGUGGGGAGGGUCACUGCAGCAGCAGCAGCAGCCAGGCUAUGGUAUCCAAAUGCAGGAAUCUGCGAGCGUGCAGGAGGGUGGAUGCACCAACGUGCCCUGCUCCUUCCCCUCUGCCUGGACUUCUUUGUAUCCCUCUGUCAAUAUCUACAUCUACUGGUACCACAGUGGGCACUACUCACAAAACCGUGAACUUGUGGCCACGAAUGCCCGAAAUACACCAGUGAAUGGCGAAGCCCAGGGCCGAUUCUUCCUCAUGGAUCCCAGGGCCAAGAACUGUUCCCUGAGCAUCAGAGGUGCCAGGAAGAGUGAUGCAGGAAUCUACCUUUUACAAGUGUAUUAUCACCUUAAUUAUUACCAAGAGCAGAAGAAGCUGACUUUGCAGGUGACAGACCUGACACAGAAACCUGACAUCCACAUUCAGGGGCCUCUGGAGUCUGGCCGCCCCACACAGCUCACCUGCAGCCUGCCAGGGUUCUGUGAAGGGGGAAGACCUCUCACCUUUUCAUGGGUGGGGAGAGCUCUUGGCUCUCUGAAUCCCAAGACCCUUCACUCCUCGGUGCUCACCUUCACCCCAAAGCCCUGGGACCACCGCACCACAGUCACCUGUCUGGUGACACUUGCAGGAUCUGGGGUGACCACACAGGAAACCAUUCGACUCAAUGUGUCCUAUGCCCCACUGAACCUCAUCAUAAGUGUGUCCUACAGAAACCUUACAGUCCGCAAAAUUCUGCAACCCACAACCUUUCCCAUUCUGGAGGGGGAGGCUCUGAGGCUGCUCUGUGUGGCUGACAGCAACCCCCCUGCACAGCUGAGCUGGUUCCAGGAGUCCCUAGCCCAGAACGCCACCCCCAUCUCCAGCACCGCUAUCCUGGAGCUGCCUAGAGUCGGGACUGGAGAGGAAGGACAGUUUAUCUGCCAAGCUCAGCACCCGCUGGGCUCCAGAAGUAUCUCUCUCAACCUCUCUGUGGUCUACCCCCCACAGCUGCUGGGACCCUCCUGCUCCUGGGAGGACCAGAGUCUGAACUGCAGCUGCUCUUCUCGAGCUCAGCCCGCGCCAUCGUUGCGCUGGCGGCUGGGGGAGGGGCUGCUGGAGGGGAACCUCAGCAACACCUCCUACACAGUCACCUCCAGCUUCGCUGGGCCCUGGGCCAACAGCUCCCUGAGCCUCUUCGCGGGGCUCAGCGCAGGCCGCAAACUCAGUUGUGAGGCAGAGAAUGUCCACGGGGCCCAGAGCGCCAGUGUCCUGCUGCUGCUGCCAGAUCAGGCAGUACGUGAGUGCAGAGUGCUUCCCGCGGCUCUCGCUGGUGCUGGUGCCAUGGUGCUCCUGUCUCUAUGCUUGUGUCUCAUCCUGUUUUGCAUAGUGAAAGCCCACAGGAAGCAAACAGCCAGAGGACAAAAGGUCACAAAUGAUGAAGACCCUGUCAGGGGUAUGGUCACCUGGGUGAGUGAUCAAAAUCCACAGCCAGACAGGCCCCCACACCAACUGUCACCCAUGGAAGACGCUUCUCCAUCAGGAGAGGAGCAGGACACCGAGUAUGUCAACCUCACCUUUCAUGGGAGGAAGCUGUGUGAGGCUCAGGACAAGGAGACCACCAGCACCUGCAUGUACUCAGAGAUCAAGAAGACCAGCCAAUGAGGAUUUGCUCAGAGCUUAGUCCUGGCCAGAAGCAUCACAGCCUCUCUGAGGGAAAGAAGUCAGGGACUAAUUGAUGAAACCUGAGGAGACCUUGUGCAACAUUAACAUGAAUCACUGUAAGAGCAUCCACAGGUAGAGCAGAAAGAAGAAAGGUGACGGGAUUGGAGAGACUUAGGCUCAAGUGCAGGCUUCAGUAUUUCCUAAGGCAUUGUCUUCAAGCAAUUCACUUCCUUCCCCCCUCACAAAUUUCCCUUCUGUACAGCAGAGACCAUAACAUGCUACUCAAAGGCAGCUGUGAGCAUUAAAGAAAUCACAACCAACAGAAGUCCAGGGCUUGCCUGUCUCUUUUUUUUUUUGAACAGAAAGGUCCUGGUGGCAAGUUCUCUUGAAGCCAGAGGUGACCAGCAAUAGAAAACAGAGUGGCAGCUUGUUGCUGUCAUUUUUUAUGCAGAACUCUUCAAAGCCUCCUCAGGGAAGGACACUGGACUCAGCUGGUGUUCCAUUGUAAUGUGGUAUCUUGUAGUUUCUGUGGGGUCAUCUUGCCUCACUGGUUCCUGUCCAUUCCCCAGCACCUCCUGAGCACCAGUCCCUUCCCCAUUCCAGUUAUGGCCCCAAAGGGAUCUUCCCAACAACCUGUGAACUGUAAACAGGUGCGGACUAGGUAUUUCAUCACCCAAAUGGAUUUUUCAGGGACAAAGAAAGGGCUGCAAUGCAGCUGGUACAGCCACAGCUAGCCGAAUGCACACCCUGGGCAGGGACGGGCAGCAGGCAUGAAGCCCUUGUCACAGAGCAGAAGCAGAAUUUGGGGGAGGGGUUGUUACCACCAUAGAGCUCUGCUGUGACCGUGGAGUGUUUCCAGUAAGGCUGCCAGGUCCACAUACGAUGUGACAGCAUCACUGAAAGGCCCUCCAAUUUCUGGCAGGGUUUGUCUUCUGCAGUAAAACUGGACACACCAGAGAAGUGACCCCACCUUUCUCCUCCAAAAUCCCCUCCUGAAUCCCUGGCCUUAGAUGGAACAUCCCAGGCCUCUUCCCUUGGCACUUACCUCCUCACCCACCCUCUCUCCCUUUGGCUUUGUUCCUUCAAACUUCUGUGGUGGUUCUUACAAAAGGCUUAGCAAUUUGAGAUCCCCCUCCUGGAGGCCACAUCCCCUGGCUUUCAUCAGACACACCCCACCUGUCCUUCAAAGCUGAGUUCUUGGCAGCCUUGCUUGGGAGGGUGGGCUGAAGAAACAGCUCACCAUGUCCAAGACAGAAACACAGAAAUGCUAUCUUGCUGGGGUCUCAGCUUCUUUGGUGGGGAACACUUCCCAUUUCUUUCCAGGAGUCCUUCUCUGGUCUAAUGGUGAGUGGAUGUGUCACCCUGAAACAGGAGGGACAUUUGUUAUGAUAUUGCUGCUGGACAUGUCUGUGUCCUUGGAUGAGCCAGGAUGAAAGAAGGCUCUUUGUUCAGGGACCCUGAUGCUAUACAUGGACAUGUGAAUUGUUGGUUACAGCUGGUAGCAGACUGAUUCCUUCAGGAACAAGUGUAAUCAGCUAUGAUUUCAUCUUUUUUGUGGCUCCAAAAGCCACUUCUUCGUAUUGAUUGUAGACUGAGAAGAUAUUAGAAAGUUUGUCUUCUUUCUUUCCUUGUAUUCUUUUCUUUUGACUUAGAGGAGUGGAAAAUAUCUGUAUGAUUCUACAUAUUAUUCUAAUAAUUUGUUUCUUUUUAAAGUUUGUUGAU